AUGUCCCGACUCUCCAUCCCGACCACGGCGCGGCUGCCGUCGUCACUGCGCGUCGACCCCUCCAACAUUGUCGUCAUCAAGAGCUUGAACCGGCUGUCGCGUGAAUCGCUGCUCGCGCUGGCACUCGACUGGCUUGACGAGGGCACUGUCGCCAACGCCACGCCGUACCUUGAUCGGCGCGGGCCCGACGAGGAGCCCGACGGCGACGACCUCUACCCUCCCUGCCGCACCGUUGCCGAGCUGCAGCAGCUCUACGCCGACAUGCAGGAGCAGAGGGGCUCCAAGCGCGACGUGGUCAGCCGCGUGCUCGAGGGCGACUGGCGCCACGGCCUGACCCUCUACCAGCUCGCCAUGGUCGACUUUGCCUACCUCGACGAGCACCCGGCCUCGCAGAAGUGGACCGCCUACAAGAUCCUCCCCCUCGCCCACCCCUCCCACGACGCCGACACCGACGAGGCCCUCAAGGUCGACGACGCGAGCCUCGAGAUCCCCCGCUUCCACCCCUCCACCUUCCUCCAGAACCUCCAGGACCAGGUCCUCCCGGACGUCAAGGCCCACUACCACUUCUACCGCCCGAGCGACUACCCCGUCCUCCUGCUGCGCGUCUUCGCCAUCGACUCACCCUACAACAGCCAGCUCGCCCUGUCCGCGGCCGGCAGCAGCGCUGGCGACGGCGCAGCGACCAACUACACCUCCUCCCGCACCGUCUACCUCGCCUUCCCAGAUGGCUCGCCGAACCUCUACAUCUCCAAGUCGCAGUCGGCCGGCGCCUCGGCCCACGGCGAGUCGCGCAGCCUGCAGAGCCUCAUCGUCAAGGGCGUGCCCAAGGCGCUGUCCCGGCCCCGCCAGCGCUUCGCCCUCAAGAACACGGGCCUUACCAGCCGCAACCUCGACGCGCUCCUCGACCGCAGGGGCCCUGGCCGCGGCAACGCCGCCGCCGGCGGCUGGAGCAUCUACGCAAACGACAAGAACAAGAAGUCGCCGCUCGACCCCCUGCUGCCACAGGCGCCACUGUCGGCGGCGUCGGAGCACAGCCGGAAGCGCGCGUCACCGCUGACCCAGCAGCGCCGCGAGGCGAAGCGCGCCAGGCUCGUGGCCAAGGGCCGCUUCGGCGACUCGGCCAUCAUGGCGGACGGCAAGGGCGUGGAGCGCCUCGACGUCAUCAUCCGCGAUCCGUACCCGUCCGUCAACGGCGUGGACGUGCCGGACUCGGGCGACGAAGGGAACGAUGGAGCGGCGGCCACCGCGGGGGCAAGGAGAGGACGCCGGAGAAGCCUGGACACCAUGUUGGACGAAGAUGGCGAGGACGUGAACGCUUCUAAUGGAGGCGCCGGCUCGCGGUGGACGCCCAACGUGCGGGUGACGUUUCAGGGCACCCACGUUUUCGCUGGCAUAAGGCAGCUGGUGGAGGCCGGCAUCGUCGACGGCGAGCGCAUGCCCGGCUGGAUGACGGGUGAGGAGGGCGUUACGGCCGGCGUCGUACGCCACGGACGCAUCAAAGGCAACAAAGGCUCAGGGAUAUGA